ACUUUUUGCAGUCACGUCACCUCAAAAAGUUUCAAAAAAGGGAGAUCGUCGUGUGAAUUACAGCGAUAAAAAAGACUUUUAUUCGAAAAUGUAUGUAGGUGUUAUAAAAGUUUCUGUUUAAAAAUAUCUUGUUUAAAUUGUGUUAAUAAUCAUUUUCUUUUUUUCAAUAAUACAGGUCUAAAGUUACUUUCAAGAUCACGUUGACUUCAGACCCAAAGCUCCCUUUUAAAGUAUGCUGACGGAUUCCUGGAUUCUACGUUGAAGUUUCUUCGUUAGACUAUGGACACAACUAUUGUUCAACAAUUCUUCAACUUUUUCGAAGACUUCAUACAUUUGUGUCAGUCAGAAAGCUGGCCAGACAACACAACAAGUGAAUUGGAAAUUAGAAAUGCAUUUCUUAUAUCUCAGCAUAUAGAAAAAUGUCUAAAUACACUUCAGAAGAAAGAAGUUCUUGACGAAUUCCUUUCUAACAUGAAUAGCCAUCAAGAUGUGCACAACAUUUUACUAAAACAAAGUCUUUCUGAUCCUUCAAAGUUUGUAUUAAAAAAAGUAGUGAAUUCUAAGACUAAAAUACAACAAAUGGAUAUUACUUUUAAAGUGUUUGUUGAAAUAUUUUCUGAUGAAAAACUAGAAAAUUGUUUGGCAGAUUUUAUGUUAGAAGCAGCAUCAAAACAAACAUUACUAAAGAAUUUAACUCAUGAAAUUCCCAAACUAAAAAUAUUAGAACUUAAAAGUCUUAUUUUUCUUAACGAACUUAACUAUAGUGAGGAUCCAAAAGAAACUAUAUUGGCCCUGUUCGAAGAUUGCAAUCAAGAUACUGUUGAUUUAUUUGUAGUUAGUAUGACGAAUAAUAGCUUACAAAACCAUGAAUCUGUUUAUGGUAUUGCAAAAUCAUUAAUAGACAUCACUGGAUCUAAAAAAUCCAAUCAUAAAAAGUUUUGGAAAUGUCUUUUCAAUGUUGAUGAAAUAAACUUUACACAGAUGUGCUUAAGACACUCUGAGUGGUUUAAAAUCAUUGUCCAAGCUCUACUUGAUUGUGGAAAAUUAUUACGGGAACAUAUGUCAGCUGAGUAUUUCUAUAUAGAUUUAACAUAUUCAGAAUUAGUCAAGAAUGUAAAGAAAGUAUGUCACAAUGAAUGUUUGAAGGUUGAGUUCUUUAACAUUGUAGAAGAGUGUGAAACUAAUAUAAAUUUUUGGGAAAAUAUAAUUCUUAAUUAGUUUCUUUUAAUUAAUGGUGAUAUUAUCACUGUGAAAUAUUAUAUUAAUAAAUCAUGUUGAACAUGUUUUAUAUAUUACCUGUUUGUUUUUAUUUUUGACACUACUUUUUAGUUAAUUAUCCUAAAAUUUUAAAUUUUUUAUAGUAGGUAAUUUAGAUUUUGAUAAAUUCACAUGCUAAUAAUUGAUAUUUUUAAAGAAAUAAUAUCUGUUUUAUACUAAUAGACAAACUGUAAUAUACUAAUAUAGUCCAUCCUUUGUAUAUAUAUAACUGAAUCUCAGUAACAAAUCCACUGACUAUAAUUAAAUUUAGUCUAGUAAACUGAUCUAGUAAGAAUGAUUGCUAA